AAUCAGAAUCAAUAUGGCUGCGCCGUGUGUGGGAAAUCGAUAUUGAUGAAACAAUCACGUAUCACGGUGACAACGUGAUAAUUCAUCGCUUACGAUGACUGCUAAUUAUUACUUUGCGAUCGUUGGCCAUGCCGACAAUCCAUUAUUCGAGAUAGAAUUCAACAAUGCUGGGAAAGACUCAAAGAAAGAGGAUCAUUCGCAUUUAAAUCAAUUCAUCGCUCACGCAGCACUGGACCUCGUAGAUGAGCACACGUGGAAAACAACGAAUAUGCACUUGAAAGUCGUGGAUAAAUUUAACCAGUGGUUUGUCAGUGCAUUUGUAACAGCGACUCACAUUCGAUUUAUCAUGGUACACGACAGCAAAAACGAGGAUGGCAUCAAAAAUUUUUUUAACGAGAUGUAUGAAACUUACAUAAAGUACUCCAUGAAUCCAUUUUACAAACUGAAUACGCCUAUUAAAUCUGUGGGAUUUGAGAAAAAGGCACAACUAUAUGGCAGAAAAUAUUUAUCUUCUUAAACAUAACAUCGAUAUUAAUAAAAUGAAUUUUGUAAAAAUUAAGUUUUAUGAUCUUUUUCACUUUAUUCAAGAUUUUGUAUACUACAAAAUGUUUUGUUAAUAGGAAUCAGGAGUAAACAAAAAUGUUUUUUCCUAUUAGCUCUAAUAUUAAAAAAGCAUAUUACUUAAAAAACUUAUAAUUUAUAUUUUGAUUUUGUACAAUGUAUAUAUUUAUAUAUUAUAUGAAUUAUAUUAUAUAAUAUUUAAUAUAAAAAUUAUUUAUAUAAAAAACAAAAUUUGUAUUUUAUAUAACUAAUUUUUACAUAUAUGAUAACAGUAAUGUAUGUAUGAAACUAUGCUUUCUAUUCCAUUUCUAGAUCUUGUAUCUGAAAAGUAAAAAAAGAUAUAUAUUUGAAUGAAAACAAAUGUUAAACAAAAUGAAAUAUAUGCGGAUCGUUUUUGUUAUA